AUGAAUAUGGACGACGUUCCACUUCCUGCUAUCAACAUAUGGACAUUCUUCACCCUAGCUGCGCUAGAUAUCGCAGCAAAUGCGGCCGCCGGUCCAGCAGCAGUAGCGACCGCCGCGCAUGUUAAUGGGACUCCACUGACAGCGAGAGCAAUGCAAAUCGGUGCGCUCGCUGGAGUCACUAAAUCAGGGGUAUUGGCGUUCGUCGAAUUCGCGAGUUAUGCGGGAUUGCCAACGCCCGCGUGGAUACUAUUGGCUCUGGUGGCAAGUGGAUUUGGAAUAUGUGUCCUGGUCACGGCGGAGGUUAGCAAUUUGGUUCUUGGAGAAACACCGAGCGCGUUGCUUAUUGCGGCUGUUGUCGCUGCUAUUCCCCUUGCAGGAGAAUGUAUUGGGAUAUAUCAAUCCGCUGGGGGGCUAUAUGGUAGCAAACCCCAGACGCAACUUUGUAUUAUGGGGCUCGACGCGUUGGGGGGAUACGUGUUUGCUCGCUACGAUAUCUGCCCUUACAAUGUUGCUGCUGCGGCUGGGGCAGUAUACGGUGUUAUCACCGGCUUCUUUCAUACUAUCAUUGGGUGUAUGGCUGGGUUUACCCAUUAUGAGAGCACAAAUGGAAAUUAUGAAAUGCGGAAUGUCUUUGGGACUUCGCGAGGGUAUAACCCCAAUUGGAAUCAGAAUUCCUGGCAUUGA